AUGAUGAGACCCGGUUUAAAUAACGUUAAUAUUUUAAAAAACUGUUCUCAAGCUUUACAAAAGUUUCGAAGUAUUUCUUCAUGCACAGUUGUUAGGGCGACACAAAACGAUAAUGUUUUUCAUAUCACACAACCUAUUAAAACUAAAGACCACCCCGAUCAUUUAGAAAGAAACAUUCCAACUGAAACAAAUAGACUUGAAAAAACCCAUGAGAGAUUUUGGGAAAAAGUGACGUUAGGAAAUACAAGAAAGGGAUCUCAGGAAUCUUCAGAUUAUGUUAUUUUAUUAGACGGUAAGCCUAUUAAAACACCUGCUGGUAACCCUUUAGUUAUUCCUUCUCAGAAGCCCUCAUUAGCACAGCUUACUGCUCAUGAAUGGACAGUUCUUCCUUCUCUAAAAAUUAAGCCUCAUCUUGUUCCUUUAACUUCAUUAGCUUCUCGUGCUAUUGAUUUAGCGUGGACUGAACAUGGAAAUCUUUCAAGAAUUGACUCAGCUGCCUUGGAAAAUAUUGUUGAAGCUUUGUUACCAUAUCUUGAUACCGACACACUUCUAGUUUUCGCUCCUUAUCGUGAUUGUGAAGGAAAGUUAAGACCCGCUCAAGAAAAAGAAUAUCGACCUUUGAUUUCUAAAGCAGAAAAAUUUUGGACUGAUUCUUCCAAGUCCUCGAAACCUAUGUCAUUGAAUUGGUUAGACUCUGAAACAAUGGGAUUUUCACUCAAUAAACAAUCAUCCGAAACUAAAGAGGCUGUGUCCCAAUGGAUUAGAUCGUUGGAUACAUGGAAAUUAGUUGCAUUAGAACGUGCUACUAUGUCAGCUAAGAGUCUGAUAAUUGGAAUGUUAGUCGCUACCGGUAACAUUUCUGUUCCAGAAGCUGUUCGUGCUGCAACUCUUGAAACAAUUUACCAAACUGAGUUAUGGGGUGAGGUUCAAGAUUCACAUGACGUUGACUUUCAUGACAUGCAAAGAACCCUUGCCAGUGCCUAUAUUUUAGGUUCUGAUAAAUAA